CUUUCGACAGGCUCGCCGAGCGAGCAAUCCCCGUCCCGCUCUCGCCGCGCGACGCCGACCGCCUCUCCUUGCGGCAGGACACAAAUCCGCGCCGAUGGGCGUCAUGGAGGAGCGCUUCCUGGACAGGCUGCAGCAGAGCAGGACGCGCUGCGCCAUUGGUGCGGUGACCUUCGUCGCGACCCUCGUGGGCGGGAUCUGCUACUUUCCCUUCACCAGCGCGCUCAUUCUCAGUGUGGAGCCGACGCCGACCUCGCCGUCCGGGGUCGCGCACCGCAUCUAUGCGCAGUACUUUCCGCCGGAGCCGGUGCAGCUCCUUGUCCUCGUCAAGUCUCGUGACGGGUCGCCGCUGAUUCCGCACGUCAAUUCCACGCUCGAGCCAGAGCAGCCGCGCGCGCUCGAGCGGUGGGUCGCCGCGCCGCCGCCGACGCCACUCACCGCAGAGGCGGCGCAGGUGUCGCACGAGCUCAGCGGGGUGGCGGCGCGCGAGCUGGACGUGCACUGCCGGUACACCUUUCUCUCCUACUUCGACAUCGGGCUCAAGAAGUCGCACGAGGGGCGGCACGACCGGCCGAUCCACGACGUGCUCGACGGCAUCAUCUCGCGCGUCGCGCGGCCGAUGCUCUUUGACUCGGACGCCUCGCGCACGCUGAUGCUGGUGCAGAUCGAGGCGUGCCACGGCGAGGACAUGACUGCGGAGAUCGUCGGCAAGAACGAGGCGUCCGCGCCGGUGGUCAGCGCAAUGGAGGCGCUAAAGGACUACGCCGACGCCUACCCCGCCUCGUCUGGGCUCGCCGUCGAGCGCGUCUCCUUCCCGGGGGUGAUGGCGACGGUGCAGGAGGGGGUGGAGACGGCGAUGCUGCUGUCGACGCUGACCGCGAUCCCCGCCUUUGUGCUGCUCGGCGUCUUCUUCAAGAACCUGCGGCUGCUCAUCAUCACCCUCAUCAACAUCGCCUUCUGCGUCGCCACCUCCGUCCUCAUCAUGUACCCCGUCUCGCUCUCGAUGAAGGUGUCGGCCGAGGCGCCCGCGAUGAUGGUGGCGACCGGGCUGGCGAUGUCGAUCGACUACUCGCUCUUCAUCCUCACCCGCUUCGGCGAGGAGAAGCGCGCCGGUGCCUCCGUCAAGCAGGCGCUGCUCGUCACGCUGCAGACGUCGGGGCACACAGUCUUCAUCUCGGGCUCGACGCUCUGCCUCUGCUUCCUCGGCAUGCUCCUCAUCCCCGUCUCGACCAUCUCGACGAUGGGCCUCGCCGCCGCCUUCACCGUCCUGUUCGCCAUCGUCGGCGGCCUCACAAUCACGCCCGCCCUCCUCCUCUCCUUCCCCGACUUCUUCACGGCCGACCGCCGCCUCGGCCUCUCCGCCGACGGCAUCGCCCUCUUCGCCGCCGCGCCGAAGCGGCUCGCCGGCGACGGAAGCGAACCAAUGCUCGGCCAAGGCCAGGAGCGCGCCUCGGGCCUCCCCUGGUCGCCCGCCGCCGCGCCCACCGCGGCGCCCGCCGCCGACGCGCCGGCGGUGCAGCCGCUCGAGGCGGCGACGGCGGCGACGGCGGCGGGCUCCGCAGGCUCCCACUCGGACGCGGGGUCGGCGGCGGCGAGGCCGUGGUCUCUGUGGGCGUCGGUCGGCCGCCUCUCGCAGCGAGGCUGGCUGGUGGUGGUGCCGCUGCUGGUGGGCGUGGCGGUGCCAUUCGUGAUCCCGCUGCUCGACUUCGAGUACAUCGAGGGCCUGCAGACGCUGCUGCCGCGCGGCGACCCGCUCACCGAGACUUUCCUCGAGGUGCAGGACCACUUUGGCGUCUCCCAGAUCUUCCCAAACACCAUCGUAGUGCUCCCGCCCAACCCGGGCGACGUGACCAGCCGCGGCUGGCUCAACGCGUCGUGCCACGCGAUGAAGUUCAUGGCGUCCAACGUGACCGAGGUGAUGCGCGCGCACGGGCGCGAGGCGGGCGACGCGUCGCUGCAAAACUUCGCGAUGAAGGCGUCCGACUUCUCGGGGCUGAUGAUCCAGGGCGGGAUCUGCACCUCCCUCCUCAUCUCGCUGCUCG